AUCAUAUUGUUAAUAAAAUUAAAGUAGUGGCGCACGUUAUCCUCUCCAGAUAGCGCGAGGGGAGAGAGAAUGACAAUAACUGUUUUCUUAGUUCCUCCGACGCCUCAUUUGUGCAACUACAAAAACUCAUGGCCAAUUUCCACUUAUCCUUCUCUUUCUUCUUCUUCUUCCAAGUUAAUUGUUCCACUGUGCUCUCCUUCCCCUCCAACAUCUAUUAUCGAAGAGGGUCCUUCUCCUUCACCAGAUGAACUUCCCGUUGUUGUUGAUAGCUCGGAAUUCACGAGUGGUUGUAAGGCAUGUGGAAGAGAAGAAAUUGAGCAAGGAUGCAAUGGUGAGGGAAGGAUUCAGGGUGGGAUUGCAACAGUACCAGGCCUUGGUUGGUGGCCUAUAAAGGCUUACAGGCCAUGCCCUGCAUUUAUGGCAUCCGGUGGUAGGUAUAGGCGCCAAGGACAAAGCAUGGACGAGGUUGUCUCCGGAAGUGGUAAAAGUAAAACACCCACCACCACUGACUCCAACACAAGGGACACCUGCAACAACACUAUUCACUAUGUCUUGUUUUUCACUUCCUGAGGAUUCUAAUAUCACCUUUUUUAUGGCUAUCAGUUUUUUUCUUUCAUCCUUUUAAGAAGAGUAUCAACAAGAAAUGAAAAUGUUAAGAUAGAGAGGUGUGACACCUAUUGAGUAGAAGAUGACUAUCUAUUAAGGUGGUUUGAACAUGUGUAAAGAAGACCAUUGGAGGCACCCGCAAGGAGAGUAGAUUGUUUGGUCUUUAGCAUAUUAUGAAAAAAGGUAGAAGAAAACCAAGGAUAUUAGAGGAAAUUAUUACAAGGGAUCCCAUGGUGUCCUUGAAAAUUUGGUUUUUGAAUAAGUCCAAUGGCAUCUUCUGCUAACCUAGCGGGAUAACAUAUUGUUGUUGUUGUUGAGAAGAGUAUCAACAGCUACAAUCAAAGUCAUUUCCCACUAGGUGGGUUGAUUACGUGAAUUCCAAAACACUACCGUGUUUUGUCCGAAACCAAUUCUUCAGAGAUGCCAUUUGAUUUUAGUUGGUUUGAAUCUUAUGAUUUGCAUCACUUUGUAUAUAUGAUAUAGAUCAUAGGUCCAAGAUGCCUAACUGUAUGGUUUAAUUUCCAAUUUUCACCUUGAGGUCAGUGCUAGAAUGCAUCUUACUAAACUUGUCUUCCUUGUUGUACACAAUUUUAUGCCUAAUUAAACAGAAACCCUGGGAUUCCAGAGCUUCUUCCUAUA